GCAUCUCUCUGCAGUGAAGAGAAGCAACAAGGUAGGCUGUCAUUCUGCACAGGCUGCCCAGAACAAGCUUUUCUAAGCAGCAAAGCUGCUCCUCUUCAGAACGGCUGAACCUCAAUGUUGUCUCUGGAGACAAGAAGCCUUCAGUAUGUUAAAUUACUUUCAUUAUGCAUUUUCAGCUGCUUAUUGAUUCUACAAUAGGAAGUGGGAGACUGCAGCAGGCUCUAAAAGCAGCAUUACAUGCUGAACGCAUGAGCAAAACGCUGAAACAAUGGCACAGCACAAACACAAAUUUUCAUUAAGGUCAUAUUUUGGAGAGAUGCUUUUUACCCUCUUUCCCCUGUACUCUGCUAACAAGUGAGAGAGAAAAAACCUAAACCAAAAAACAAUGAAUCUCUCCAAACUGGAACUGCUCUACCAGCUUCGGGAAUUUAUCCAAUCCUCAGUGGAGAUGAACAUCAUUUAAUUCAAUUUUGUUACUGACAACAUGAAGAAUACAACUGCCUGGGGUCCUUCAUAGCUGUCUGUCUUACAUUCUUCAGGAUGAGCUUAUAACAUCUCUUUUAGACAAAAAAGGAAUUAGACAAACUGGAAGACUACACCACCCACUAAAGUUAUGUCAGCAUACACAGAAGACUAUAGGUACUUGCUCAAAUGUUUAAAGAGAAAAGAUUAACUCAGUGUCUUAUUGUUAAAGAAAAAUUGUGAGCAUCUCUUACAAAUGGAUUUAUAAUGUUAAAAUGGGAUUGUGGAUAUGGCUGAUGAAGGAAGAAAUGGUUAGACGUGACUACCUUGAAGGAACAUCUGUAUAUCACCAGCAAACUAAAAUGGGGCUGUAAUCAAAUUUUAAUACCACUACAGAAUAUUAUUUAUGUCCCUUGCUAUAAUGGCUACAGUUUGAAGAAAAGCAUAAUCCAGCUGAUGUAGUUCAUGGCUUCAAAGGAAAACACAGAAACUGGAUUAAUAUAAUAUGCAGCAACAACUUCUGUGACAAACCCUUGACUCCAGACUUAUGCGCAAGAAAACAAUAUAUAGCUGUAACAAGAGGACAUCUGACUACAUCUCUGAAAUCAGUUAUUCAGUGUCAAUUUUUAUUUUGCUUUGCCAGAUAAAAGUAAAGGAGGAGGGGGGAAUGCUGCCAAACCACACAAAAGGGGUAAGAAAUUAUGAACCACUCACAAAAGUUUUGCUUUCCACUGAUGAUCUGAAAAAGAUAGAUAACUCACAUACAUCAGGUAUUAGUCUGCAGAAAAAUAUCAGGCAAUUAAAUCCCUUUAUUCAAUUUUUUAAAAAUCUGCUGCUGAAGUGCUGGAACAAAAAAACCAAAACCCAACAAAAAUAUUCUGCAAGGCAGGAAACAGAUCGCAGCCAUCACUCUGUUGCCAGGUGAAAACGCAUGUCAAAAUCUGUCAGUGACACCAUGUAUGAAUUUAUGACAAGCUGCUACAGCGAGCUGAAAGGCCCUUGAGGCAACAGAAAACAGGACAAAACAAACUUCCAACAAAAGAAUGUGUUUCUCUUCCAUUCCAGAAGUCAACAUGCAGUCUGAAUCUAACAUUACAGUUCGAGAUGCCAUUGAUGACAUCAGUACCAAUAUGUACCAGCCACUGUCUUAUCCAUUAAGCUUUCAAGUUUCUCUCACUGGAUUUCUGAUGUUGGAAAUUGUACUGGGACUUGGCAGCAACCUCACCGUAUUAGUACUUUACUGCAUGAAAUCCAACUUAAUCAAUUCUGUCAGUAACAUUAUUACAAUGAACCUCCAUGUUCUUGAUGUAAUAAUUUGUGUAGGAUGUAUUCCUCUAACUAUAGUUAUUCUUCUGCUUUCACUGGAGAGUAACUCUGCACUGAUCUGCUGCUUCCAUGAGGCUUGUGUAUCUUUUGCAAGCGUUUCCACUGCAAUCAAUGUCUUUGCUAUCACUCUGGACAGAUACGAUAUCUCUGUGAAACCUGCAAAUCGGAUUUUGACAAUGGGAAGGGCUGUGAUACUAAUGACAUCAAUAUGGAUUGUCUCUUUUUUCUCAUUCUUGAUUCCAUUCAUUGAAGUAAAUUUCUUCAGUCUUCAAAGCACAAAUACUUGGGAAAAUAAGACACUCUUGUGUGUCAGUGCAAAUGAGUAUCACACAGAACUGGGAAUGUAUUACCAUCUUCUAGUACAAAUUCCAAUCUUUUUCUUCACUGUUAUAGUAAUGUUAAUUACAUACAGCAAAAUAUUGCAGGCUCUUAAUAUCCGAAUAGGCACAAGAUUUUCUACGGGGCAAAAGAAAAAAGCAAGAAAGAAAAAGACAAUUUCUUUGUCCACACAACAUGAAACUACUGAUGUAUCACAAAGCAGUGGAGGAAGAAAUGUCGUCUUUGGUGUAAGGACUUCAGUUUCUGUUAUAAUUGCCCUACGGCGGGCUGUAAAGCGACACCGUGAACGAAGGGAAAGGCAAAAGAGAGUCUUCAGAAUGUCACUGUUGAUAAUUUCAACUUUUCUUCUCUGCUGGACACCAAUUACAGUUUUAAACACUACAAUUUUAUGUUUGGGACCAAGUGACCUUUUGGUAAAGUUGAGAUUGUGUUUUCUAGUCAUGGCAUAUGGAACCACCAUCUUUCACCCUCUACUGUAUGCAUUUACUAGACAGAAAUUUCAAAAAGUACUGAAAAGUAAAAUGAAAAAACGAGUUGUUUCUAUAGUGGAAGCUGAACCUAUCCCAAAUAAUGCUGUAAUACACAACUCGUGGAUAGAGCCUAAGAGGAACAAGACAAUAACUUUUGAAGACAACGAAGUAAGGCAGAAGUGUUUAGUAGUACCUCAGGUUGUCACAGACUAGAAUUCAGUAUUCACUUAAUCAUCAACGUAAGAAUGUUGGUGUAAAUACUGCCAAAUAAGGAUCUUUUGAAAAGAAAGAAAGAAAUGGCUAGACUGUAAAUGUUUGACAUGUGUUAAAUAGACUAGGCCUGUAUUCUCUAUUUCUUCAUUAGUCAAGAUGUGUGUUGCAUGGCAGUUUAUUAGAGUAAUUCCAUGGGUAUAUUUUGUCAAUAUUCUGUCUAAUAUACAGCUAAGUAAAUAUUUUCUAGAAAAAAGGGGGGGAAAGAGCAACAGCCUUAAAGCAGUGUACACUUUUAAUGAAUUAUAUUUGAGUUGCUGUAAAUAUAUAAAGCUUUGUUUUUAA